AUCAACACGACGUAAAUACAUAUCCUACGAAAAGUGUUCCUGAAGCCUUGCAUGAGGUUUCCAGAGCUCGUUGGUUCUUGAUUCGUACCAGAGACCUGAGCGAGUAAAUGACGCCGCCGACUUGAAGUUCCUGCGCCUCAGGUUGCAGCUUUAAGUUUGUGUCUCCUUCAUGUUCCUUCAUCAUGGCGUACAAACGUUCUCGACAAGCCUUCGAAGCUGAUCUGCAAAAGCAAGCGUCGCCCUUUGUCUUCUAUGGGACACCACUACCACCUUCGGACGAACACACUCGAGACGACGGCUCCUUCGUGCCAGUCUGGAAGCAAGAAGUGACGGAUGAAAGAGGAAGAAAACGCUUGCACGGUGCGUUUACUGGUGGCUUCAGCGCCGGAUAUUUUAACACUGUAGGCUCUAAGGAAGGAUGGACGCCUUCUUCAUUUGUCUCGUCGAGGCAGAGUCGUACCACAAACGGCGCAAAGCCGGCCCAGCAGAGGCCGGAGGAUUUUAUGGAUGAAGAGGACUUGCGUGAAGCAGAAGAAUCGCGUACAAUCAGCACGUCGAAUGAGUUCGCAGGCUUUGGCACCGAGCAUGAUGCGCUGCGAAGAAGCGCCGCCAUCGACAUCUUCCAGCCAACGGAGGAGACCAUUGGCUCCAAGUUGCUUACAAGAAUGGGUUGGCGAGAAGGUCAAGGUAUAGGUCCUCGAGUAAGGAGGGCCGCACAUCUCGGCGAUGACAAGGAGGAAGCAUCGGAGCUACAUCUAUUCGCUCCCAACGAUGUGGAAAUUGUCUCAUUUGCACGAAAGACAGAUCACAAAGGCCUUGGCUAUGAAAGCGAAUUGCAAGGAGCGAGUAAUGUGACCGGUAAAAGCCAUGAUGUUCAUCGCAAGUCCUUGCGGCAACAUGACUCUUCCGAUGACGAUACCUCCAGCGGCCCCCUCGCACUCUCAAAGAAGCCCGCAGUACGAACAAAAAAGACUGGUAUUGGUGUCGGCGUGCUCAAUGACGACGGUUCCGACGACGAUGAUCCGUACUCGAUGGGUCCCAGAAUAUCUUACAGCAAGACUCUAGGCGGGGACAAGAAGACGAGGAUCAAGUCGAAGACCGCCUCAAGUAACGCGAAUCCUCUACUCAAAACCAAACCAACUUUCAUAUCUAAGAAGUUGGCGAACCUCAAAGGAGCACUCCGGAAAUGCCACGAUGGUCGACUGCCUCCGGAUGGCUUCGUGUUGUCUGAUCAGCUGGACUCGUUUGGAAGUCUCACUAUGCAAGAUGACAAGUAUAAACCUCCAGCGGUGCCUGCAGGAUGGGAAUCGAGAUUAUCGAAGGGCGAUACAGUUGUUGGCGAUUCAAAAUUUGUCUCGGCAGCAGAAGCUGCCAAAGCCUCUAAUCUCAGUGCCAAAGUACGGGCAUCGAUCCUCGGAGAAACGCAACUCCCUGGGAAAUCGGUGUUCGAUUUCCUCACCCCAUCUGCUCGUGACCGGCUUGCGGCAGCUUCAGGUCAGCAGGACCUUCCUACUGCCCGCAGUGAACCGCCACCAGCAGGGUAUGAGGCUUCCAGUGCCGCGUCUACGUCUCUGCAAAGCCUAGUCCCUCACCUAGACAAAGCCACAGCACUGCAAGCCCUGAAUCGUGGCGUGAGUGGCUGGAUGCCCUAUGCUGAAGACGAAAAGAAGCGAUCUAGGUAUCGAGCGUACCUGGAGAUUCAGGCUGGUCUAAGACAAGAUGAACUGCCACCCCGUGCUGAGGGUAUGAGCCAAGACGAGUGGGCCAUUGAGAUGCAGGAAUUUACCCGAGCUGCUGAAGUCUUCAGGCCCGUCAGUGGAUUGAUGGCGAGCCGCUUUACGUCUUCGGCAUCUCUUCCGCAAGGUCAAAACAUAGAUUCAUCGGCAUCUGCGGACUCUUUGAUGACGAAGCCGAUGGCAAAACCAGAAGAUCCGGCGGUAUCAGCUGCGAAACUGGGUAUGUUUGGUCCCAUGACGAGGUCUGCGUCGAACUUCUACCCAACCAGACUGGUCUGCAAGAGGUUCAAUGUUCCUUACCCCGAUCACUCCGCUUCGAUGGCUUUUGACACUGGAAACGGCACAGCAAGUCCAGCUGGGCCGCAGGGACUUGCGAUGACUCAACCUCGGUCUUUCAUUCCACCCGGCUUUCAGCAGGACAAUGCAAAGGUGCCCAAACCACUGACCGAAAGAAAAGCUCCAAUUGCUUCCGGAUCAGUAGCAGGUGAGGACGGACCAGAUUUGCAGCCGGCCUCCACCAAACUGGAUCCGGACAGGAACGAAGCCCUAGAGCAGGAGCGACCAGGACAAGCUGUUUUCAAAGCAAUCUUUGGCAGUGACGAUGAGGACGAUUAGACCCGAUAGAUAACGUUGUCUGCUUCUUGGACACUGUAGCUUGAUCUCCCCUGGAGUCGUACUACGUAGUAUCAUAGUGUAAGUUGAGCAAUCGACGUAGAGCGACCUCCAAGGUGAAGUCUAGCAGAUGACAAGGGUUGAUACAAAGCUAAAGGUUCGAG